AGGAACUUGAACUUGGAAGUCUCCACAUUUCCGUAGUCAUGACAUUAUUUUCCUCCUUAACUCCAGUCUUCAUAGCAAUUAUAUGUGUUUUGAUUGGGGUAAUACUGAAGAAGACUAACAGAGAGAAGGAAAAAAGUGACACUAGAAGCAAGCCCAUAUCUCGCCCAUGGGUGGAUGAAGAUCUAAGAGAUGGCACUGAUCACCACUUAGAGGAAGAAGAGGUUGAUGAAGAGUGGCAAGGAGUUGAUGAAAAUGUUGCCCAUGUCCCCUUCAUUGCAGAGCGCUACUCUGAGGCUGAAAUGAUUAAAAGGUCACGGUCAUUUUAUGAGCUUCUUGAUAAGAGGCGGUCUGUCAGGUUUCUCAGUGAUGAGCCAGUCCCCAGGGAGGUUAUUGAUAAUGUCAUCAGAACAGCAGGUACUUCACCCAGUGGAGCGCACACUGAGCCCUGGACCUUUGUGGUAGUGCAAGAUCCAGAUUUAAAACAUAAGAUUCGGGAGAUUGUAGAAGAAGAAGAAGAAAUAAACUACAAAAAAAGGAUGGGAGAUAGAUGGGUCAAUGACCUGAAGAGAUUAAGAACAAACUGGAUCAAAGAAUACUUGGACACUGCCCCCUAUCUGAUCCUUAUUUUCAAGCAGGUGUAUGGAAGACUUCCAAAUGGCAAAAAGAAGACCCACUACUACAAUGAAAUCAGUGUAUCUAUUGCCUGUGGCAUGCUGCUUGCUGCACUGCAGAAUGCUGGUCUGUACACAGUGACCACCACACCCCUGAACUGCGGUCCCCAGCUGCGGGCGCUGCUCCAGCGCCCAGCCAACGAGAAGUUGCUCUUGCUGCUCCCUGUGGGCUAUCCCAAGAAAGAUGCCACUGUGCCUGCAUUGACUCGAAAGCCAUUAGAAGACAUCAUGGUGGUCAUGUGAACCCAGGGCCACAAGGAGAGAGCACAACCUACUGCCUGCUAGGAAGCAGCAGCCCAUUGAAGUUGUUGAUGCUUUUCAUGUGUAUUAUGCCCAGCUUUAAUGCUCACGUAUUACUGCUGCUCUGGCUGUUUACACUCGUGCACCUUUUAGUGCUAGUAACCACGGUGCCUGCUUCUACUAACAGCAGCAAGUAGUCAUGCAUGAUGCAUUUAACAGGCACUAUUACCAAUGAACCUGACCAGUUGUUCCAAGAGACAAUUACAGUAAUAUUCUAAUGACCUUCAUCACUUUAUUUUUCUUAUGCAUUGUAGGGACAGAUCUUUCCUUGAACGAGAACACGUAUUUUCCUUAUACUUUUGUGAUUACCACUGAAGAGCUGUUCUUACUUCAUAACUUUAAUGGAGGUUGUAUAUCACAGAAUCAUAGUUCCACUAAGGGUGGAAAAGACCUCCAAGGUUAUCUAGUCCAAUUGUACACCUACCACAAAUAUUUCCCCACUAAACCAUGUCCCUCAGUACAACAUCUAAACAUUUCUUGAACACCUCCACGGAUGGUGACUCCACCACCUCCCUAGGCAGCCUGUUCCAGUGCCUGACUACUCCUGGACCUGAACCUCUCCUGGCACAGGCACUGAGUAAACUGCCC